AUCUGGCAGUUACACCUCGAAUCUCAACCGCGUCAGUUGUUGACUAACAAAAAAGCAAUAAAUAGAAUCUACGAAACAUAACACAAUACGACAAUUUAAAAAUGUAUCGCCGCGGUAAAAAAGACGAAUAUAUCCAAACCAAGUGCGAAGGAUGGAACGGCAAGUUCGUAUAUGGCGAAGGAUCUGCCAACAAUGUCUCCAAAGUGCGUAAGCACAACGAAUUCGUAACGAAUACGAAUAAUUUCUAUGGCUUCAAUACCGAACCAAUUAUCCUGCCAACAACGUGGGACGGCACAUUCGCCAAGAGCGGCGAGGUACUGAUGCAACAGGAACGCAAUCGAUCCGAUGAUCAGAAUUACUUUGAAUACAAUUCGGAGCCGACAAUUCUGCCCACCGAAUGGAAUGGCCAAUUCGAAUUGGAUCCAAACGAUGUCCGCAUAAAGCCGGAGAGGAAUUAUUCAGAUGUCAGGGACUACGCCGAGGCAAAAAGAUUCCGGCAAGUGAAUUGAGCCGAGGACAAUGGCAAAAGUGCUCACAAUCACCAAUCACCAUCGCAUCCACCAGGCAGUAUGCAGUAUUGGAUAGAAAAUAAGGAAAUCCAAAAAAAAAGACAAAAAUCUAAAAUAACAGAAAAACGAACGAGUUUGAAAAUAUGGCAGACCGGAGUGCUGCUAUAUAUAACCUGAAACCAGAAGAAGCAAACUUCAAUUCUCUGAUGAAGUUACAGAAGGAGCAUCUCUUUAACUAACUUGCCUUACCUUUUUACCUGUUACCCCAGUAAAAGUCGAACUUUUUACUAACAUUUCUUGUAAUUAAUUUAUUUUGUACAUUUUUGAAUUUUUCUCAUCAAUGGAAAUUUAAUAAAAAACAAAAAGGUAGCUACUUUUUGAAGAAAAUA